AUGAAGCUCAUGCAUAAGGCAGUAAAUUAUUGUUUUGGUGGAAAAUUAAAGAUGUUGAGAAAACAUAUCAAAAGCUUUUCUUAUCAGCGUCAACAGGAAGCUUGGCAACGAAUAACAAAAGCUUUACACUCAUUAACCCUCCUCACACUUAAUUCUCAAACCAUUCUUCAUUAUCAUCGUUAUGCAAUUUAUUUGAGACAGCAUUGA